UACAGUACACGAACCUGGAAAGGAGAUGCUUUGGUGAAUUUUCAAGAUUUAAUGCCGAAACUGCUCACCAUACCCGUAGCCCUAUCGGGGAAAUUGAAAGUUCAACUUAUUUAUGAUGACUGAGUUGCACCGUCCCAUGACAGUUUCUGAAAACUAUCAGCAUACUGUACCAACAUACUUAAUAUAUAUAAGUAACAUGUACUCGCUGAUUUGAUUCAUUUGGCUAACUAAAGUUCUUGUUCAUUCAUUUGGAUCAUUUGUUUGCUGUAUUUGUACCAGCUGAUUUAAUAUUCAAGAAUCUUUUCUGUUCAUUGCAUGUCCCAGUGAAUAUGGACAGAGGGUUGUAUUGGUUCACCUUUGUAAUUGUGACAUCAUUGACUUAUGAUGUCACAGUAUCCCUCCAGUGCCCCACUUCUGCAGAUGCUUGGGAAAGGGCCUCACUGGCACUACAAUGUAAAUUACCAAACUCCUACCAUUGUCUGAAGGAUGAAAAAAAUGUGAUAACAGAACAAUGUCUGGCCAAAGUAUGGAUAGAAGGAGAAAUGUGCCCUGUAUACAGUUCCCGGAUGUCCAAAAUUGACGUGAUUGAGUGUUCAACACCCUCUUGUCCACAAUCUACUUACUGGUCCAACUCUGUGUUCCUAUAUCCAGUUUGUUUUGAAACAAAAAUGGAAACACUGCCAACAACAACACUAAGAUCAACUAUCAUUGAGCAAGCAUUAACAACAGAUUACAGUAUGCCAUUCAUUUAUAGCCCCAAAGACAAGACAGGAGGAAAUAAAUCAACUGUUGGUGGCACCACCUCAAUGAAGGGCAGUGGAAAGGAUGCAGACCAUGGCAAUACAAUGAUAUACAUCAUCGGUGGAAUCUGUUCAGCCCUGGUAUUGAUUUUAGGAAUCACUGUACUUGUAGUGUGCAGAAGGAGAAAGCGAGGUCAAUCACGUAACCAUGACAUGUUAGAAAAUUAUAUGAAUGAUCGUGUUGAACAAAAGGUUAACAUAAAUCGAGAACAAGAAGAAGUUCUAGUUAAUAAAGAUUGUGAAAAUACUCUUUCAAAUGAAUGUAGUCUAAAAAAUGAUAAAGUUGAAAACGCUUCUACAGAAAAGUCUAGCCUUAUGAGCAAGGAGUGUUCUGAAGAAUCAAGAAAACCACAUUUGGAAGACACUAAAGUCUAUGUUGCUAGUGGACCUAACCUACCACGAAAGGCUGAGCAAAGUGAUGCUCCACAGAUACUACUGUUAGUGCAAAAGAAUCCUUUAGAGAAAAAACAGAUUGACGAACAUGCUAACAGAGUUUUUGGUUCAGAGUAUGUGUUUUGUUGGACAAUGUCGUACUACCAGAAACAUAAACGAGAGGAGCAAGCGUCAGUGUUGGUGAAAGACUUCGAUUUUAAGUCUGCUAGUUUAGAGGAGAUUCUGAAGAAGUUACUUGCCGUUGUUGCUGCAGUUGAGACUAGAGUGGCAUUUGUUGUGGCUGUACCUCUGGAGACAUGGUCACUCAAUAGAGAAAAUAUUUCACAAGUCAAAGUCGGCGAUAAUAUGUUAAUCUGUAAGACAGAGUUUGUCUAGUGAUUCAAGUUUUUAUUAAAAAAGAGUUUUGCACAUGUAAGUUUCGUAACAAGUC